CAGAAGCAACCCCAUGCUGAUAGGAUGAGCGACACGUCUCAGUUACAGCUCUUCCAGAUACUGCUCAAGGCUACAAAGGCAAGACAUUACUUGGACGUAGGCGUAUUUACGGGUGUAAGCGCACUGGCAGCUGCCCUCGCGCUUCCACCAGAUGGCAGAGUCGUUGGUCUUGAGAUUGACGAGGAGAUCGUCAAAGUUGGUAGACCCUUCUGGAAAGAGGCGGGUGUCGAGGGCAAGAUUGACAUUAUUACUGGCGACGCCAAAAAGUCUCUGGAUGAUCUGAUCGCUCAAGGCAAAUCAAACCACUUUGACUUCGUAUUCAUCGACGCCGACAAAAGCUCCAUAGAAGAGUACUACGAGAAAGGCCUUCAGCUCGUCAGGCGCCACGGCAUCAUCGCCGUCGACAAUGUGUUUUGGCAAGGGAGAGCGUUCAACCCGGAGUACGACGAUUCCGUCACGGAGUCCGUGCGACGUCUAAGCCGCAAGAUGGCGUCCGACGACCGCGUCGAGAUCAGCAUGCUCACCGUGAGCGACGGAGUCACUUUAGCCUUGAAAAAGUGAAC